CAAGAGGCGAAAAGAAUCAAAUUUUCGCUGAAAAGCGAGGGCAAGUACUGCGCUCGAUGCUGAACUGAAAAUGCGCAACUUAAAAAAUGUGCAUCAUUCAGUCGUGCCCUUCUCGGACCUGCCAUUGACGGCCACCGUCUGGGAUGCUGCUACCGACGCUUUGAUAUGCGCAUGUGGUCCGUCGCCAACAAACGCGACAAUUCAACUGAAAAGGCUUGAGGGCCCAGCUCCUGGAAAAGUUCCUGCAAUUGAUUCAAAUAAGAAUCAAGUUCGCGACAUUGUCGCCUGGGACGCUCCAUGCCCCCUGCCGGAUUUGGCAUGUGACAAAAUUCUAGACCUGCAUUACUUUUCUGAUACGCAAACUGCAUGUCUUGUCCUUGAAGGUGGAGAUGUCAUCAUCGUGAGGGAGCAACCUUUACCAGGAGAAAACCAGAUUGAAAUUCUGGGAUCCGUGGAUGUUGGCAUUUCCGCUGCGGGCUGGUCACCUGAUGAGGAACUCCUUGCCAUCUGCACACGCUCCAAUACCCUAUUGUUCAUGAGCAGAGAGUUUGAAAGCAUUACGGAAGCAACCUUGACGCCGGAAGAUGUCAAUGUUUCGGCUCAUGUUUCUGUGGGAUGGGGGAAGCGCGAAACACAAUUUCAGGGCAAAAGAGCAAAGGCGUUGCGGGACCCCACUGUGCCAGAAAAAAUCGACCAAGGAACAUUAAGUCCAUAUGAUAAUGGGCGUAUCACUAUUACCUGGAGGGGCGAUGGCGCGUAUCUGGCUAUCAGUACCAUUGAGUCCAACCAGCGCCGUCUCAUUCGAGUUUACUCGAGAGAAGGUAUGCUGGAUAAUGUUAGUGAGCCUGUCGAUGGCCUCGAGGGCGCCUUGAGUUGGAGACCAGCUGGGAACCUUAUGGCAACUAUCCAACGGUUUGAGGAUCAUGCCAAGGUCGUCUUCUUUGAACGCAAUGGUUUGCGGCAUGGCGAGUUUCCUCUGCGAGUCGACUCGGAGGAUUUGAAAACCUGGGCUCGUGAUAUCACUGUCCGCUGGAACAUCGACUCGACCGUUCUCGCUGUCUGCUUUACUGAUAGAGUUCAGCUAUGGACAAUGGGAAACUAUCACUAUUAUCUGAAGCAAGAGCUCUUGACUAGCAGCUCGGAGGACCGAUCCGAAGCCGUCUCUGUCACCUGGCACACGGAGAAGGCGUUGUCACUCUCAAUUUUUUACGGAGUUGCCGGUCAAAGACUGGAGUACAUUUUUGAUGUCGCCAAGGGCUCUACGUCACCCCCUAAUGACUUCGGAGCCGUUGCUGUCAUCGAUGGCAAAACUUUGAAACUGACACCUCUUCGCCUGGCUAAUACCCCCCCUCCCAUGGCUUUGCAUGAAGCUCCUCUCAGCAACGUUGCCGUCGAUGCAGCCAUUAGCUGCUCAGGAUCACGCAUUGCUGUUCUUCAUAGGAAUCAGAUCAGUCUCUUCGAAUGGAAGUUGGAUGUAAAGCCCAUACCCGCGCCUACCGAGCAGAAGCGUCUUGAGCUUCCUGUAGCCGAGAAUGCUCAAGCUCGCCAGAUUGCAUUUCUCGGGGACCGUACUGUCAUCGUGCUUGUCUCUGAAGAGGGCUCAAGCACGAUUUUCAGCUUCAACUUUGACUCUGGAGAGCUUCUGGGUUGUGACGAAAUAUCUGGGCCUGGAAUCUCGAGGCUGUUCCCCAGAGAAGAUCAUUCCACAAUCUGCUACGAGUCUUAUGACAACUCCGUUUCAGAAAGCGUUUCGCUGAGCGAAGACAAUCUGGAUCUGAUUACUUUACAGUUUCAAGAAUUUGCAGUCUUUCCAGUUCAUUGCCCAUGGGUUGAAGUGGUGAACUAUAAUGGAGAAUCUAUUGCCUUUGGCUUGUCAAGAAAUGGUUCCCUCUAUGCCAACUCCAAGCUAUUGGCCAAAGGCUGUACCUCGUUUCUCGUUAGCCCGGCUCAUGUCAUAUUCACAACGACACAACAUCUUUUGAAAUUUAUUCACAUGGGCGUCGCUGAGGAGCUAGAAGUGCCAUCGGACGACCCAGAACGCGAUGAGCGAUGCCGGAGUAUUGAGCGUGGAGCAAGACUGGUCACAGUGAUGCCAACCAGUCUUUCUCUGGCGCUACAAAUGCCUCGAGGGAACCUCGAGACCAUCUUUCCCAGAGCGCUUGUGCUUGCUGGUAUCCGAAGAAGCAUUGCGAAAAAGAAGUACAAAUCUGCCUUCCUCGCAUGCAGAAAUCAACGAGUCGAUAUGAACAUUCUGCACGAUCAUGCGCCCCAGCAAUUCAUGGAGAAUAUUGAUCUGUUUAUUAACCAGAUCAAGCGGCCUGAGCAUAUUGAUCUUUUCUUGUCUCAGUUGAGAGAAGAGGACGUGUCACAAAUGAUGUACAAAGAGACAAUCCGUACAUCCAAGCUGGAUAUCGGCAGUGCUCCUGGUGCUUCCUUGAAUAGCAUCGGUGCAGUUCCUCAAUCCUCUAGUCCAACUUCCAAAGUCAAUCGAAUCUGCGACGCGUUCCUCGAUGCGCUACAGGGGCGAGAGUCAACACAUAUCCAGAAUAUCAUUUCUGCACAUGUUUGUAAAUCUCCUCCAGAUUUGGACGCCGGGUUGUUGGUCGUUGGGGGCCUCAGAGUGAGCAAGCCUGAAUUGGCCGAAAAGGCUGUGGAGCACAUUUGUUUCUUAGCCGACGUCAACCGCUUGUAUGACAAUGCUUUGGGACUCUACGACCUUGAGCUGGCCUUACUUGUUGCUCAGCAGUCGCAAAAGGAUCCCCGGGAAUACCUCCCCUUUCUUCAAAAGCACCAGGAAAUGUCGGAUUUACGCAGAAAGUUUUCUAUUGACAAUCAUCUUGGACGUCACACGAAAGCUCUAUUGCAUUUGCGAGAGCUCAAAGCUUUUGACGAAUUCACUGCGUACACCGUCAAGUAUGAGCUAUACAAGGAUGCAUUGUCACUUUGCCGUUACGACGAGAAGGAUCUAUCUCAAAUUAUGCGCCUUUAUGCUGAUUUCUUGAGCAACAACUCGAAAUUCAAGGAGGCAGGUAUUACAUACGAAUACCUCUCCGACUACACAUCAGCCAGUGAAGCGUAUCAGCGAGCGCAUCUCUGGCGCGAAUCCCUCUCCUGCGCCAUGGCGGUUCCGUUUUCCGAAUCUCAGCUUCGAACUCUGGCGGAUCUUCUCGCAGAAGACCUUGCCGAGUCUAAAGACUAUUACGCUGCUGCCACCAUCUACCUCGACCAUCUCUCCGACAUUGAGACUGCGUCAAGGACCUUCUGUCGAGGAUACCACUUUGCCGAAGCGACACGCGUGUUGGGCCUGCACCGCCGCCAGGAUCUCGUGGAAAGUGUCAUCGACGUUGGUCUGGCAGAGGGUUUGGCAAGCACUACCGAGUUGCUCUCCGAUUGUAAGGGCCAGAUCGCCGCACAAGUACCCCGGAUCCGGGAACUUAGGGUGAAGAAGACUGAGGAUCCGCUUGCCUUUUUCGAAGGCGCAGACCCGUCGGGCGCAGACAUUCCAGACAACGUCUCCCUCGCCCCCAGCGACACUUCUACAGCCCGCAGUUCGCUUUUCACCCGAUACACCAACCGCACCGGCACGGUCGACACCUCUGCCACGCGCAAAACAUCCAAGAACCGCCGCCGCGAGGAACGCAAGCGUGCCCGCGGCAAAAAGGGCAGCGUCUACGAGGAAGAGUACCUUGUCAAUUCCGUCGGCCGACUCAUUGAGCGCGUCAGUAGCGUCCGCGACGAAGUUCAGCGUCUCGUCGAGGGCCUCUUGCGGCGAGGCAUGCGCGAGCGCGCUCUCGCCGUAGAACAACUCAUGUCUGACGUCGUGACGGCCUGCGAGACUUGCAUCCCCGAAGUCUUUGAACUAGGUAUUACUGGUACUUUUUCUUCUACUACUGGUGCUUGGGGAGGCGCUGCAAAUAGUGGCGAUGGUCGUGACCAACAACAGCAACAGGCCCAUCAGAAGAAUGACGAUCCUGCCAACCCGGAUGCAGCGUAUAGACCGACUGGUGCGGAUGGCGUGUUCUGGGAAAGCCUAGAGGAGAGAAAGGCGAAAAAGGACCCACCUGUGAUUAAAUCGUUUGAGAGAUUGUCUCUUUUGGGAGCGUAAAAGGCCCUCUUGGGGCUUAAAGAGCCCUCUUGGGAGUUGAAAGUCUCUCUUGGGAGUUUUAAAUUUUAGUUUGGCAGACGAGACGAGACGAGACGCGGGUUCAACGGAUUGAUGUACAUACAAUGGAU